AUGAUAAGUUUUGCUUAUUUUGCAAUCUUAACAAUCGUAUUGAUAGCUAUCAUAUUAUAUUUUAUUGCUAUUAAACCAAUAAUAGAGAUGAUAAAGCUAAAACUUCAAUUUGGAAAUGAUUGCAAAAUUUCUUUUAAUUUUUUAGGAAAGGAAAUAUAUGAUCAAUUAAAAGAAACAAAAGAAAACAAGAAUGAAAACGAUAUUUUUAAUAAGUAGAAAACAGCCUAUAAUAAAUACUAAUAUAAAUUUUUUACAACCAAUAUGCUUUGGAUAAUAAGAAUUUCUAUUGCAGAUCCUUUAUAUCAAAAAGCAGCUCUUUAGAAUCAUCAUUUCUAUUAAAAAGUAGAUCCUGUUUGUCAUAAGUAUAUCUAUAAUAUAUUAAAUAUUAGAGGUUUAUUAUCAAAAGGGCUUGUUUUUUCAAAAGGUGAAUAAUGGAAAAAAUAAAGACUACUAUUAUCAAAAUUAUUUGAAUUUGAUUCAUUGAAGUAAAAAGUUCCAAUGAUAAAUGAAAUAACAAAAAAUAAAUUAAGUAAUUUUUCAAAUGAAAAUAUUUUAUCAUCUUUGUAGUCUAUCACUGGCCUUAUUGUUAUUAAGAGUUUUUUUGGAAUUCAAACAGAUUAAAUUUAUGUUAAUAACACAGAAUUAUAAGUUGAGAUUGCUAAUAUAAUGAAUGAGAUGGGUUUUUUGAGAUUUAAAUCUUCAAUCUAAUCUGUAAAAAGACUUAUAUUUGGUACAAAAGCUUGGAAAAUUUUACCUACAAAAGAAGAAGUAAAAUUACUACAUAGAGUAGAUAUAAUAAGAUCAAUAGUAGGAAAUUUAGUAUAAUAAAGAAUUAAUUAUUUUUAAAAUUUAGAUGAUGAAUAAAAGAAGAUAAGUGAAAAUGAUAAUUUUCUAAAUGUAUUGGUGAGUGAGUAUCUUAAAAUAAAUAAUAAACAAUAAUAAGAAGAGACAUUUGAUCAAAUAAUUUAAGAAUUUAUAACAUUGUAAUUUGCAGGGACAGAUACAACAGCAGUAUUAUUAUAUCAUUGUCUAUAUUUUUUUGCUUGUAAUCCAUAAGCUUAAGAAGAAAUCAGAAGUGAAAUAAAUUAAUUUUGUCCUUCAAAUUUCAUAUAAGAAAAUUAAAUUAAUAAUUUGAAAAGAUUAUAAGCAUUUAUUAAUGAAGUAUUGAGAUUAAAAAAUCCUGCUAUGAGACCAAUCAUUCGUGUAGCUUCAUAGGAUCAUAAUUUAAUGGAUUUAAAAAUAAAAAAAGGUAAUAAUAAAAAUUAAUAAAAAAAGGAUGGUUAAUUUGUAUAGAUUACUUUUUGUAAAAUUAAUCAGAAAAACAUUUUGAUUAAGCUGGGAAAUUUGAUUAUACUAGAUGGAUGUAAGAUAAACCAAUAAAAGAAGAUAAUAAUUUUAUUUAUAUGCCAUUUUCAGCAGGACCCAGAAAUUGUAUAGGAUCUUAAAUGGCUUAAUUAGAAACUAAAAUUAUAUUAGGUUAAAUAUUAAAAAAUUAUCAUAUAAUUGAAAAUAAAAAUGUGAUUGUAUCUUGGGUAAUACAUUUUAAUCAUUAACUGAGUCCAACAAAUGCGGUAAUAUUAAAAAAAAUAUAAUGA